AUGAAGUCUAUACUGCCUGCUAAAUAUCCCGGACCUUUUACCACCCACGACCUCCAUCCACGGCCUCCAAACAUCUAUCCACGGCCUACAGCCACCCACCUACGACCUACAGCCACCCAUCCACGGCCUCCAAACAUCUAUCCACGGUCUACAGCCACCCACCUACGACCCUACAGCCACCCAUCCACGGACGGCCUACAGCCAUCCAUCCACGGCCUCCAAACAUCUAUCGACCCUACAGCCACCCAUCCACGGCCUCCAAACAUAUCCACGGCCUACAGCCACCCCACCCACGACCCCUCAGCCACCCAUCCACGCCUCCAAACAUCUAUCCACGGCCUACAGCCACCCACCCACGACCUACAGCCACCCAUCCACGGCCUCCAAACAUCUAUACCUACCCACAGCCACCCAUCCACGGCCUCCAAACAUCUAUCCACGGCCUACAGCCACCCACCCACGGCCACUAUGCACGACCCUACAGCCACCCAUCCACGGCCUCCAAACAUCUAUCCAUCCACAGCCACCCACCACAUACAGCCACCCAUCCACGGCCUCCAAACAUCUAUCCACACAACCCACCUCUCAUCCACCCUGCCAUCCACGGCCUCCAAACAUCUAUACAGCCACCCACCCUACAGCCACCCAUCCACGGCCUCCAAACAUCCCUCACAGGACCCUACAGGCCUGUUAUCCACGGCCUACAGCCACCCACCUACGACCCUACAGCCAUCCAUCCAUCCACAGCCGCUCAACACAUAUUCACUUGUCCUAAAAUAA